GCAGAGGGCCCUCCCUCAAGUGAUCCAUUCAGUGCAGAGUUCUCCCAGGCAUGACCUUGGGCUCUGGCUGCCAGACUUUUGCCUGUGGCGUGUCUCCCUCCUCCCUGGUCUUGGUGCACGGGAAGUGGGCAUUACAGCUGCCCUCCUGUCCCACAGCUUGGGCUGGGAUGAGGUCACAGGGUGCAGUCUUCUCCAAGAUGCUGGCCUGGCUGGGCUCUCAUGGUACCAGGUGACAGGUCGGCCUUCCUGUGACACGGGGACGCCAGAUCUUCUGAGAAGAUGUCGGCAAUACAGGCCACCUGGCCAUCCGGUACAGAAUGUAUUGCCAAGUACAACUUUCACGGCACUGCUGAGCAGGACCUUCCCUUCUGCAAAGGAGAUGUGCUCACCAUUGUGGCCGUCACCAAGGACCCCAACUGGUACAAAGCUAAGAACAAGGUGGGCCGUGAGGGCAUCAUCCCAGCCAACUACGUCCAGAAGCGGGAGGGCGUGAAGGCAGGCACCAAGCUCAGCCUCAUGCCCUGGUUCCAUGGCAAGAUCACACGGGAGCAGGCAGAACGGCUCCUGUGCCCACCAGAGACAGGCCUGUUCCUGGUGCGGGAGAGCACCAACUACCCCGGGGACUACACGCUGUGCGUGAGCUGCGACGGCAAGGUGGAGCACUACCGCAUCAUGUACCACGCCAGCAAGCUCAGCAUCGACGAGGAGGUGUACUUCGAGAACCUCAUGCAGCUGGUGGAGCACUACACCUCGGAUGCAGAUGGACUCUGUACUCGCCUCAUCAAGCCAAAGGUCAUGGAGGGCACAGUGGCAGCCCAGGAUGAGUUCUUCCGCAGCGGCUGGGCACUGAGCAUGAAGGACCUGAAGCUGCUGCAGACCAUUGGAAAGGGGGAGUUUGGAGACGUGAUGCUUGGUGACUACCGAGGGAACAAAGUUGCUGUCAAGUGCAUUAAGAAUGAUGCCACUGCCCAAGCCUUCUUGGCUGAAGCCUCAGUCAUGACGCAACUUCGGCAUAGCAACCUGGUACAGCUCCUGGGCGUGAUCGUGGAGGAGAAGGGCGGGCUCUACAUUGUCACGGAGUACAUGGCCAAGGGGAGCCUGGUGGACUACCUGCGUUCUCGAGGCCGGUCAGUGCUAGGCGGAGACUGUCUCCUCAAGUUCUCACUAGACGUCUGUGAGGCCAUGGAAUACCUGGAGGGCAACAACUUCGUGCACCGGGACCUGGCUGCCCGCAACGUGCUGGUGUCCGAGGACAACGUGGCCAAGGUCAGUGACUUUGGCCUCACCAAGGAAGCUUCCAGCACCCAGGACACGGGCAAGCUGCCGGUCAAGUGGACAGCACCUGAGGCCCUGAGAGAGAAGAGAUUCUCCACCAAGUCUGACGUUUGGAGUUUUGGAAUCCUUCUCUGGGAAAUCUACUCCUUUGGGCGAGUGCCUUAUCCAAGAAUUCCCCUGAAGGACGUCGUCCCUCGGGUGGAGAAGGGCUACAAGAUGGACGCCCCCGACGGCUGCCCACCUGCAGUCUACGAGGUCAUGAAGAACUGCUGGCACCUGGACUCUGCCACGCGGCCCUCCUUCCUGCAGCUCCGCGAGCAGCUCGAGCACAUCAAAACGCACGAGCUGCACCUGUGACCGCUGGCCUCCGCCCAGGCCUUGGGCCUGCGGGGACUGGACCCGAACAGAUUGUGGACCUGGUGCCCCCACCUGCUGGGCCCAAACCCGAACUGAGCCCAGCCGGCCAGUGGGCCUCAUUCCUCUGUCCCAGCCUGCGCCCCCUCUGGCCCCCAGGGACCCCGCCUAGGCCUGGCACCUUCUCUCAUGGACCCACCUGUGUGGCUUCGGGAGCCCCGCCCACGGGCCAGGAAGGGAAGAGGCUGAGGAGCGGGAGGCAGAUGCCCCUACCGUGGUCAGGCUCCCCCUGGCCUCCCAUCUCUCGCCUUCUUAGAGUUUUAUUCCUUUCCUUUUUUGAGAUUUUUUCCGUGUGUUUAUUUUUUAUUAUUUUUCAAGAUAAGAAGAAAGAAAGUACCCAGCAAAUGGGCAUUUUACAAGAAGUACGAAUCUUAUUUUUCCUGUCCUGCCCACGAGGGUUGGGGAGACCAGGCCCCUCUCUAGGGACCCAUCGCCCCAGCCUUGUCCCCCACCCCAUGUUCUGUGUCCGUGUCGCCUCGGUCGCCCCGUGUCUGCGCUUGACCGUGUUGCACUGUUUGCAUGCGCCCGAGGCAGACGUCUGUCAGGGGCUUGGAGUCCGUGUGCCGCUGCCGCCCGCCCACCUGCCUUGUGAGAUGGAAUCGUAAUAAACCGCUCCAUGAGGACACCGCU